AGCGGCGGCGGCAGAAGCCCGGGCAGCGGCGGCACGGCCAGCAGGCCGCGGGGAACGGCUGCCCCGCUCCACAGCGGCGGGGCCCGCCUCGCCGCCUCUGCCGCCCGCCACCACGGGGCCAGGGAAGAGAAGGGCGAGCGGCCCAGCGAGCGGAGCGGCCCGGCAGCAGCCCGAGCCAGGAGAGAGAGCAUGCUCCACGCCCUGCGGGGACAGAACUCCGGUAAAGACACCAGACCAGUCCAGUCCCGUCCCGCCCCGCUCUCCCCGCCCAGCACUAACCGACACCGCCGACAGCCGCUCGACUCGACUCGGUUCGGCUCGGCCCGGCCCGACCCACGCCUGCGCGCCCGUUGCGGCCCGGCGGAAGCGGGCGGUGCCCGGGGAGGGGCGGCCCAACGGCUGCGUCACGUGGCCGGUCGAAGAUGGCGGCGCCCUGCGCGACCUUCCUCCGGUUGCUGCCGCUGUCCCGCCCGUUGGCGGCUGCCCGCGCCGUUCGGCCCUACGGCGUGCGCGCCUCCGCUACUGGAGAGCUGGUGACACACACGGGGCAGGUGUAUGAUGAAAAUGAUUAUAGAAGAAUUAGAUUUGUUGGACGACAAAAAGAGGUGAAUAAGAAUUUUGCAAUUGAUUUGAUAGCAGAGCAGCCUGUGAGUGAAGUUGAAAGCAGAGUGAUAUCAUGUGAUGGUGGCGGUGGAGCUUUGGGACAUCCUAAAGUGUACAUAAACUUGGACAAGGAUACAAAGACCGGAACAUGUGGCUACUGUGGACUUCAGUUUAAACAGAAACAUCACUGAAAGAACAUCCCUGCAUGCUUGCAGAUUUCUGUUCAGAUGUUAACGUUUAACUAUAAAUAAACAAUAUAUUUAGAAAUUGAA